UAAAAAAUUAAUUAAGAAUUUAGCCAUAUCCGGCGGUGUGAAUCGCUACACAUUUCGUUUUCUCCAUGUAGGCUUUUGUGUUCAAAUUAUAUAUCAAUCAACAAAAUUCUUGAUAUCUUGGUUUAAAAAUUUUCUUAGUAUUUACUGAUAAAAAAAGUCCACGUUUCAAAAUGUCGAGAAACGUGGAAGAAUAUCAGGUGUCAAGUUCUAGUAACAAAAAUAGAGAUACUGUUGCAGAAGAGGCAUUAAGCAGUGAUGACAAUCCAACAUGUAGCUCAAAGUCUGCUAAUGAAUAUUUAUCUUGUAAAAAAUGGGACAAUUCUAGUACAUGUUGUGCGAAUAAACCUGAAGGAAAAUGUGCGAUUUGUCGAAAUUUGUUAUCGGAUUUAUGUAACGAAUGUCAGGCACAAAUGGUUACUAUUGAUGAUUACAAAUGCUUUGUAGUAUGGGGUAAGUGUAAUCAUGCGUUCCAUUGGCACUGCAUAUUGCCUUGGCUGGAGAAGAAUUCUAUUUGCCCGGUAGAUCAGCAGGAAUGGCAGACUAAAAAAGUUAGCAACGCAAGCGAUAAAUUAUGAACCAUGGUUCUAGCAAAUACCCUAAUUAUCCAACCAAGUUUACAUAAAACACUGACACGAAAAUUAUUCUUAGUGUUGCCUUAAAUAGUUCACUGUUCAAAUCACAUUGUUAAAAUUAAAAAAUUAAUCCGUUUUUAA